AUGGCCACCUCUGCUAUCCAACAAUCAGCUUUCACUGGUAAGACUGGUUUGAGGCAGGGAAAUGAAUUCAUCAGGAAAGCUGGUAACUUUGGCCAAGGUCGCAUCACUAUGCGUCGUACUGUGAAGAGUGCUCCCGAAAGCAUUUGGUAUGGUCCUGACCGUCCCAAGUACUUGGGUCCAUUCUCUGAACAAAUUCCAUCAUACCUUACUGGUGAAUUUCCUGGUGACUAUGGAUGGGACACAGCUGGAUUAUCAGCUGACCCUGAAACAUUUGCAAGGAACCGUGAGCUUGAAGUAAUUCACAGCAGAUGGGCUAUGCUUGGUGCAUUGGGUUGUACCUUCCCUGAACUCCUUGAAAAGAACGGUGUUAAAUUCGGCGAGGCAGUGUGGUUCAAAGCCGGUUCCCAGAUCUUUGCUGAGGGCGGCCUUGACUAUUUGGGCAACCCAAAUCUGAUUCAUGCUCAGAGCAUUCUUGCAAUCUGGGCUACUCAGGUUGUGCUCAUGGGAUUUGUUGAAGGCUACAGAGUUGGAGGAGGACCCCUUGGCGAAGGACUAGACCCACUUUACCCUGGUGGUGCUUUUGACCCUCUUGGUCUUGCUGAUGACCCCGAUUCAUUUGCUGAGUUGAAGGUCAAGGAACUCAAGAACGGUCGGUUGGCUAUGUUCUCCAUGUUUGGUUUCUUUGUUCAAGCCAUUGUUACCGGCAAGGGCCCUAUUCAGAACCUUUAUGACCAUGUUGCUGACCCUGUGGCCAACAACGCAUGGGCUUUUGCUACUAACUUUGUCCCCGGACAAUAA